ACUUCUGCUUGUGAUGACAGCUGCCACAACAGUCAGCACAUAAACACGAGUUAUUUGACAUUGUGGGCGAAUUGUUUUUUAAACGGCGAUAAUGAAGUGAACUUUCCUACUUACCAGAGAAAGGCUUUGACCUCUGUGAGGUGAUACAUGUAUCCUGAGAACGGCAAAACCCUUUUCCAAACAGGUUAAGGCUCCCUCUGUCAUGUAAGCAAAGCUCACUCUCUGUCUAUUUAAAAAUGAUUGAAGAAGAUGAUUCGUGCAAUGAGAAUAACAAAGCUAACUUAAGAGAAAAACAAGAAGACUCAACAACACUUGCAAAUAAUGGAGCAAUCGUCAAUCAGUCACUGGUUUCUAAGUCUGAGAGCAAAUCAACUAUUGACACACAUCUCAUCUCUUCAGGAUGUGCUUCAAACAUACCCGAUAACUUUUCCAAACCAGAUUCUAAUCCUACAUUGGACAGCCUCGGAAUAAAAUCUUCAGGAAAACAUGAUGAUGGCUCUGUAGAUGGGAUAGCAUCCGAGAUGGAGAAUGAGCUAGAAGAGAGCACUGAUGUAAAAGAAAAUUCGGGCUGUGUGACUGUAUGUGUACCGUUGGAGACCAGAUCUGAUGAGCAACAGUUACAUACUUUUAAAAAUGGAUUUUCGAAUGCUGAUACUAAUACUUCACUAGAGGACGAUCAAAACAAAAAGUUCUUUACAAGUACUUGUGAUACAACAUCAAUUGUAGUUUCUUCUGAACAAUCAAAUGAAGAUUAUCAUUGCAAACCAUCAAUCACUGUAGAUUUAACUUGUACAAGCCCUCAGUUUCAAUCAACUGAAGGCUCAGAUGAUUUUGUACUUAGGGAACUAAACAUGGUUUUAUCAAAAUUAGGAUUUGGUAUCAGGAAAAACAGUGACAACGAAAAUAAGAGUUCUUCUGAAACUGAUGGCAAUCUUGAGGCCUUCUAUGAUGCAGACAGUCCACUCACUCUUAAGGAAUUUGUUACAAAUUUGCAGUACCAAUUGUCAAAGUAUAAGCUUGCCAAUGAAAAAUUUCGGGAUGAUCAUUACACUGAGGUUCAAGCUCUUGAGCGUGCUUUUGCACAAGAAAAAAAUCGGUUUGAGCAACAAGAGACUUUAGCAUUGCAAACAAUCACUCAGUUAAAGAGUGAUCUUCAAAAGAAAACUCAACUUUAUGAGUCAGCCAACAAGGACAAGGAAGGAAUGGUGAUAAAGUAUGCAAUGAGUGAAAAGGCUGCCAUCACAAUCCGCAAAGAUUUAGAGCUAGCAGAGCGGAGACUCAAGGAGGCUAAUCGGGCACGAGAUUUGUUAUCGGAUCGACUUAAAACAGUACAGUCUGAAAAAGAAAAGGCAAACAACUUAUUAGAGGCAAAGGGUCAAGAAUUUGGCACUAUAAAUAGAGAAAAUCAGAGACUCAAGGAGGAUCUGCGAUGGACACAAAAUAAGCUGAAAACUGAAUCUGAGAGUAAAAAGGAUGCUGAACAGAGAAUUACAGACCUGAUUCGAAAAUUGGAAGAAGCAAGAUUGGAAGCUGAGCAAGCCCGUAAAGAUGCUCAGACUGCUAUUAAGUCAUUCCAGGAGUCUGAGGAAAACAAAGCAGUAUCUUUAGAUCACCAACUACGAGAGCAACAUGCCAAACUUAUUCUAGAGAGGCAUGGGAGAGCUGACACUGUAGUAGUUUUAAAACAACUUCAAUCUGAGGUAGAAGCAUUAAAAGCAAAACAGCAAGCCCUCAUUGAUGAAAAUAAUCAGUUAUCCUUAAAGGUCCAGACUUUAGAAAAAGAGAGAUUAGAAGGUGAUCAGAGAUUAUCACGUUUAAAGUUAGAAAGUGAUAAACAUCAGCAAGAAGUUGCUGAUCUCCGUGAAAAAGUUGCAGGCAUGGAAUCCUUGAAGGCACAGCUACAACACUAUGAAGAUCAACUUGCUACUUGCCGUAGUGAAAUGGAAAGGCUUCGGCAGACCAAUGUUGAUCUUCAGCAAGAUGCUGCAGCUUGUCGCGAGCGGGAAGCAGAGCUGCUUGACUUUACUCAAAAAUUGACUGAGAAAAAUGUUCGCCUUCAGUCCGAAUUUUCAGCUCUGGAGGCUAGGGCUCACAUGCUGGAAAGUGAACAACAACCACUUACAAGAAAGUUAAGUGAAACAGAAAGUAAAGUGACUUCAUUGACCAUAGAUUUGGAGAAAGAAAAGAAGUUGAGACAGGAGGAAAAUUCCAUACUUGCUAGGCACUUGGCCGAAAGCACACACAAGCUUGAACAAACUCAACAGCAGCUUGAAGAUUCACAAGGGGAAAUAGAACUCUUGAAAAGAAAACAUGCUGCUUCUAUUCGUGAAUUAACUAGAGAAAUUCAGCAGUCCAGAAAACGUCAGGAGAUGGUAGAGAACUCUGGUGGAGGUAGCCAUAAUAGCAGUCAUAGCAGUACAUCCAUAGCACAGGUUUCUAGAACUUCAUCAAGCUCCUCCCUGAACACUGUCUGUGAACCAAGUCCUACUCCCAUGUUACCACCCAUCACAUUUCCUAAUGGACAGGAGCCUGAUAAACAGGUUUUGAUCGAGCGUUUAGUAAAGCUCCAGAGAGAAAAUGCUAAGAAAGCCGAAAAACUAGAUUUUAUGGAAGAACAUUCCCAAGUUUUGGUUGGUGAACUUCAAAAGAAGACUCGACUGAUUCAAAGCUUUGUCAUGAAGAUGCCAGCUGGGGCUUUUACAUCUGAGUCUAUGGACCAAAACAAGCAUGCAAUAGCUGGAUUUUCAAAAACAAAUCAGGCCGACCUAGCGAAGCGUUCUGGUGUAAUGGCAAGCAUGUAUGGCAGUAGAAAUGAUGAAACUGUGUCAAUAGAACUAUCAAUGGAAAUCAAUCGCAAACUUCAAGCUGUUUUGGAAGAUACCCUUCUGAAGAACAUUACUUUAAAGGAAAACCUUGACACACUGGGAGCAGAAAUUGCCAGACUAUCCAAUAAGAGUUCUAAUAAGUAACUUCUGGGGAACUAAUUUUAUACUUUUUGCUUGUUCCCUGUAUGUUUUCUUUUACUAUAAUUUCUACCAUUUUAUGCUUUGUUAUUACAUACUGCAAAGUACUUCUACUUCAGUGAAAAAUCAAAACCUUGAUUGAUGUAUUACCUUCUAAGUUAUUCACAAAGUACCUGAAAUUUAUUCAUCCAUCAAUAUUAAUUUCUAUUCCUUAGCUUGUCUAUAUUUUGCUGUAUUAGGCAUUUCUCAUUGUGGAGUUUUUGGAAAUUUGAGAACGUUCCCAUAUCAGAUCGAAUUAUUGUGACAUCUGACGUACAGUAUUUAUUGCAUAGUAUUUAAUAUCGAUUUAGCUCAUGUCUGUUGCCAAUAAUAUCACCUACAAAAAUUUUGCAUUGCGUGCUUUUGUUACAAUAUGCAAUAUGCAAUUGCUAUUUAUUUAUAAAUAAGUUUAGUUGAAAAUCAUAUAUGAUACUUCUGAUAGUACUGACAGUACUAUUUACAGUUAUUACUGAUUUUCUGAUUUUCUUCCAUAAAUCUUGAGGAUCAUGUUAAAGGUGUUCCAUUUUGGUGGUGUACUUUCUUAGUCAUAUUUGAAUAAGUAAUGAAAUGAAAGAUCUGUGAUCUAUAUGUGUAAUUUUUCUGCAUUGUCGUCAGUUCAUUGUUAAAAGUGUUGAGGGACUAGAUUAAUUUGUGAUGAUGUGUAGACAUCACAGUCUGAAACACACAUUGUGUGUACCGGUAUUUUUAACUUUUUGCUGUAGUUUUCCACACGUUUCCCUUCUGCCUUAUGAAACCCUUUCUGUUAAAAUCUUCAAAUUAAUUGUUUCAUAUUUUCCUUAAAGUUGAGUGUGGAUGACUUUUCUUUAAAGUUUUCCUAAGAGGUAGAUGGAGAUGUCCUAAGGAACAGGGUUAAAUUAUUGGAAGUAAUUUUACAACUUCUGUCAAUUUUUCUUGCUAAACUGUAAUCUUAUCCAGUCGUAAUAAAGGAAACAUGACAAAUCGGUAA